AAGUAUGCUGCAUGGAAAUGAACAAUAUUUUGCUGAAACACAACCAAUUCCAUAUAAUUAUUUAGCAAAACUGUUCUUUUAAUAUUCUAUGAUAUAUACUAUAAUAUGUAUGUUCUCUGGGAUUUGGUCAUUUCAAUCCAGAAGAUACUGGCUGAAUACACUACCUAUGCUUUUUAAUACCUUAUAAAUUUCUGUUAGGUCCCCCCAGCCUCCACCAUUCUGGAGAAAACAAUCCAAGUUUGUCCAACCUGUUUUUACUUAUUAUACCCAUCUCAAUUUAUUCUGCUCUCUUCAAAGAUGCUAAUACAUACAACACCACUUCCAACCACCAACUUCCUCAGGUUUUUCUACCACAUUUGCAAUUGUACCAUGUAGUUCAAAUUUUGUUUAUUAAGAAAAUUAAUAAGUGACAAAUUUAACUUGCCAUUUUUUGCCCUCUCUACUAAAUGUCAUUAAACUGUUAUCCUUCUGUUUGCUCUACUGAUGUAAUUGGUAUCCGUAAACAAAUAUGAAAUUAAUGAUACCAAUACUGAGCAUUCGUAUACCGAAAUAAUAACUCCAGUUCUGUAUUUUCAGAUGUGGCUUCACCGGCUUGAUAUUUCCAACAUUCUCCACUUGGAUUUCAGAUUUCCAGCAUUCGCACAUUUCGUUUUGGAACCUUCCAGUAUAUCAUCUCAAAGAAAUACAAAGAUUACACUGAGUCACAAUCACCAGCUGAAAAUAUGGAAACUACUAGUCUGUCAACGAGCUACUGGCCGCCAGGAAAUGAAAUAACAUUGAAGAAUGCAACGAUGGGAACCAAUAAAACACGGAUCCCGAACUGCAGCAUAAACCAGGAUUUUCUAAUGGUUCUUUUACCAAUAAUUUACUCCUUUAUAUUCAUAACAGGACUGUUGAGCAAUGUUUCAGCACUGUUGGUAUUUUUCAUUGUACGAACUAAGAAAAACUCCAUUCAUGUCUAUUUGAUCAAUAUGGCAUUUGCAGACCUCCUCUUAAUUGUCUGUCUACCUUUCAGGAUAGUAUACCAUGCAAAUCAUGACCAAUGGAUAUUAGGAAACUACUUCUGCAGAGUCAUAGGCAUUUUGUUUUAUUUGAACAUGUAUGUUAGCAUCGUACUUUUGGGACUCAUUAGUAUAGAUCGGUACUUAAAAAUAAUAAAGCCACUGCAGCACUAUAAACUAAAAGAUGCCAGCAGAAGCUGUAUGAUUUGUGGCAUAAUCUGGAGUUUCUCCAUUCUGAUUGGUAUAAUGGAGCUUUGGAACACAGCAACCGACAAUUCCAACAAGUGCUUCCAUUAUAGAGAAAAACCUCAUUCAAAAGUAAUCAUCAAUCUUGUCAUUGUAUUGAUUUUUUGGCUUGUCUUCUUUCUCCUCAUUAUUUCAUAUGCAAAGAUUGCAAGAAGACUUUCUAAGCUCAGUAGAGAAAAGCCUGAAUUGCCCAACAAGAAAGUUUUCAACAAUGUUGUAAUGAAAACAUUCAUUAUUCCCAUUAUUUUUACCAUAUGUUUCGUCCCAUUUCACAUCUCCCGCUUCUUUUACAUUGCAUCUCAGCUCCAGCAAGGAAGCUGUUACUGGAAAAAUAUGGCAAAUAAAACAAAUGAAAUUUCACUUCUGUUAUCUGCUUUCAACAGUUGCCUGGAUCCAAUCAUGUAUUUUCUACUCUCCAAGACAGUUAGAAAAACUAUAUUGAGCUUAAUUACUGGAAAAUUUCAGAAAGAUUCAAGAAGUGAAACCACAUAAAAGCUAUAGUUUCUUUGAUCCUUGAUACUCACGGUAUUGCUUAAACUAGCUAUAUGAUGGCAUUCGUUUGGUAUAUUUAACAAUAUGCCCAAAAAUGUUUUGGACUUCUGAAGUUACAAAUCAAUAAAUUAACCAGUUUGCAUAUGCUUAAAUGGAGUAACAUAAUAUUUUAACAAGUAUACCAAGAAACUGAAAGCUUGGCUUUUUCAAGCAAAGUAUGCUAGAAUAUACUUCUACUAAACCCAGACAGAAGCAUAAGUACUAUGCAAAUAGGUUUGGAAUCUCAGUUCUGCAGUCAUAGAACCUGUUAAUCAAUAAAACUAUUUAUACCAGGAAGAUCAUUCACAACUUCUUUGAUAACAAAGUGGCCCAUACCAUGAUUUGGACAACACUUCAGCAAGUAUGACAAGGCAAGUACCAUUCACAGUCACACCAAUGAUGGACAGCAUGCAUCUCCAACAAGAGGAAAUCUAACCAUCGCUUACUAACAAUCAAUUGCGUCAUCAUUAGACCCCUCUCUACCUCCUAAUCAUCAUCAAUUGGGAGCUUUACUGACUAGAAACAACUACAUAAGAAACAAUGGUUACAAAAGAAGAUCAAAGGCAUGGCAUCUUGUGGUGAGUAACUCACCCUGACUUCUUAAGUCUUUUCAUACCUACAAAAUUGAAGUGGAAUAAGAUGAAUUACUCUUGUCUGUCUGGACGUGAGCUAAAGUUAGAAGCCAUGCUGGCCAAAGAAACAUUCCUAACUGUUAAAUAUUUAUCAUAUUAAACAUUAAUUUUCAAACUCUAAGCUGUAACAUCCAUAGAGACAAAACUAACAGGUGCACAGAAAUUUUUGAUUCUCCUUAAGUCACUCUUCAUACAAUUUUGGAAAGAUCAUUACUUCACGGCCACCAUUAUCAAAAUUCUGCAACUCCAUCUAACUACUUGACUGAAAUGGUUCACUUUAGAAGCUCAGUGAAAUAUUCUCAUGGAAAUUAGGGAUCGUCAAUAAAUGGUAGCCUUGCCAGUGAUGGACAUGUUCUACGAAUGAAAUGAAUUAUUUUUGCUCUGAGGCAUGAUUUGAAAAGUGAAAUUGGCAUGAAUGAAUAAUAAAAGUUUCGACAUUUAACUAUUACAGGAUGUUAAAGAUACAGAUAGAUCUCUAUCAAAUAUAUUUCCCUUUGUGAUAUUAAUAGUUGUUCUUAUGGUUGCAAUUCAUACUGAAAGCUUGUUUUCCAAUGACAAAGUCACAAUAAUGAAAGGUACAGGUUUGUAGAUCCACAAACUGAAGCAUAAAAUAUGGCAAUAAAUUGAGGAAGAGACAUCUGAAAAUAUUUGGAUUUCAAUAUAUGAACAUGGUGACACUCUGAAUUUUUAAGAUUCAAUUUCCAUGUUAUACGAGGGUUGCAUCUUGGGAACAGUCCCCAAGCUGGUAUUUCUAAUAUUUACUAACAAAAACACUAAUAAGGGUAGACUAAAAUUAUCACUUAUUUCUUUUCCCCCUUGUGCAGUUAUAAUAAUACUCACAUGAGAAUCAGAUUAUCAUUGGUGUGUGUCAUGAAAUUUGUUAACUUAGCAGCAGCAGUACAAUGCAAUACACAAUAUAGAAGGAAAAAAUAAGUAAAUCAAUUGUAGUAAGCAUAUAUGUAUAUCAAAUAGUAAAAUUAAAAAUAGUACAAAAACAGAAAUCUUGUAUAUUUAAAUAAAGUGAGGCAGUGUUCAUGGGUUCAAUGUCAAUUUAGGAAUUGGAUGACAGAGGGGAGAGAAUGUUCUUAAAUCAAUGUGCCUUCAGGCUUCUGCACCUCCUUCCUGAUGGUAACAAUGAGAAAAGGACAUGUCCUGGGUGAUGGGGGUCCUUAAUAAUGGACAUUGCCUUACUGAGGCACCACUCUUUGAAGAUGUCUUGGAUACUACAGAGGUUAGUACCCAAGAUUGAGGUGACUAAUUUCCUGUAGCUUAUUUUGGUCUUGUGCAGUAGCCCUCCCCCCCCCCCCACCCCUCAUACCAGACAGUGAUGCAGUCUAUCAGAAUGUUUUCCAGGGUAUAGAAGUUUUGAGUGUUUUAGAUGACAAACUAAAUCUCUUCAGACUCCUAAUGAAAUAUAGCUGCUGUCUUGCCUUCUUUAUAGCUGCAUCGAUAUGUUGGGACUAGGCUAGAUCUUGACACCCAGGAGCUUGAAAAUGCUCACUCUAUCUACUUUUGAUCCCUCACCUUACCUUUCCUGAAGUCCACAAACAGCUCUUUCAUCUUACUGACGUUGAGUGCAAGGUUGUUGCUGUGACACCAGUCAACUAGCUGGUAUAGCUCGCUCUUGUACACCCUCUCAUCUCCAUCUGAGAUUCUACCAACAACAGCUGUUAUCAUCACAAAUUUAUAGAUGGUAAAAGAGCUACCCAGCUACAGAGUCAUGGGUAUAGAGGGAAUAGAGCAGUGGCUAAGCACACACCCGAGGUGCGCCAGUGUUGACGGUCAGCAAGGAGGAGAUCCACACAGAUUGUGGUCUUCCGGUUAGGAAGCUGAGGAUCCAAUUGCAGGGGGAGGCACAGAGGCCCAGGUUCUGUAGCUUAUUGAUCAGGACUGUGAGAAUGAUGGUUUUAAAUGCUGAGCAAGCAUCCUGACAGAGGUGUUUGUAUUAUCCAAGGCCAUGUGAAGAGUUAUAGAGAUUAUGGCUGCCAUAGGCCAAUUGUGGCGACAGGCAAAUUACUGAGUCCAGGUGCUUGCUGAGACGGAGUUGAUUCUAGCCAUGACCAACCUCUCAAAGCAUUUCAUCACUGUAUAUGUAGAGUACUACUUGACGAUAAUCAUUAAGGCAGUUCACACUACUCUUCUUAACCACUGGUAUAAUUGUUCAAAUGGUCAGUUUCAAAGUAUCAAUAGAUACAUAUACUGUGUAAAAGUGUCAAUAGUAGAGAUUUGCCUUGGCAGUUUCCAAGUGUCUUAAGUUGCCUUCUGCUGUGAGCAGGCAGCUAUGUUCUUAAAUACCAUGUACCAGUUUGAUUAUGAGUUGCAUGUAAACCACCUUUUUGAAGAGUAGCUUACCUUUGAAUUAACUAGCUGUUAUCUCUAUUCCAUAAAUUCAGAUGUUUGCAUUACAGUAACUUUCCUCUUUUAUAAAAAAAAAUUUAAAAUUCAUGGGAGAAUUUCAUAAAGUGAAAUCUGCGUUCCCUGUAUUUGUGGUGGAAAGGAAUAAUUAGACACUUAUCUUGUUCCAAAGGACAUAAAUUUCUGAAACUUUAAUAUGUUGCUUCAGCAAUGAAUUAAAAAGGCAAAAAGUAUGUGGGGCUACAAAAGAAUUUUAAUGCAAGUGAACUUACUUCAAAUAUAUACAGAGCCCUAAUGAAACUGUAUCUGGAACACCAUGUGCUUAUCUGUUUACCAGCUUGUGAAGCACAUAAUUGGAACAGAGAAAGUGAAGGAUCAUCAGGUUGAUUGCUGGGAAAUUGUAUUUGUCUUCAGAGGAAAGAGAUUCGGUGGACGAGGUCUUUACUCUUGAGUUAAAGAAGAAUGUGAGGUGAUUUUAUAGAAAUAUAUAAAAUUCUUGUGGAAUUUAAUAAGAUAAAUGUAGGGAUGCCGAGAAUCCCCUGAAGAAUCUAAACUUCAGGUCAAUGUUGCAAAUUAAAGAUGUAGCUAUUCAGGACUGACAUGGGAAGAAAUUUCUUUGUCUAGCGAAUAGUGAAUCUUUGGACUUCUCUAUCUAGGAGCGCUGUGGAGAUUCAGUUACUAAGUGUAUUUAUGAACAAUUGGGAGACAUUUAGCUUCAAUGACAAUAUCCUUAUGCCACACAAUUAAUCAGGAUGACCAAGACAAAUUUUGUUUCAGACUUUUUCGCAGGCAAACAACAAAUUCAAGCUUAACUGUCGCCAAGUCAAAAAUCAGAAUUGUAAGAUCUAUCUUUGGAGACCUCCCCCUCGCCAUAGUUCCAAAUAGUGUCACAUCAAUGCUUUCACCCCAUAUACAAGAUGAUCUUUUUUUUCCAGUUCUGAUGAAGGGUCUCAGCUUGAAAUGUUGACUAUACUUUUUCCAUAGAUGCUGCCUGGCCUGCUAAGUUCCUCCAGCAUCUUGUGUGUGUUUAUUGAAUUGUUAAUAUUUUGACAACUCUGGAUUUAUUACUUGUGAGUUCAUAUUCCACUCUAAUCACUCACUGAGGCCAACACUCCAAUGCAGCAACAAGAGAGUAUUAGACCAUCAAUAGAGUUACAAGAUGUUCUACUGAGGCUUUUUUGCUCUCCCAUCGGAAUAAAAAAUAUUCUAAAGCAUUAUUUUGAGGAGAAAAAGUUGGCUCUGGUGCCCUGGCCAGUGUUUGUUCCUCAAAUAUUACUAAAGCAGAGCAGCUAGUCAUUCUCACAUUACUGUUUGAUGGCGAUACUUUAUCUUAUUGUUUAAUUAAGGCUGACUUGCUUCCGUUCUAGUUUUGUGAGUUCUGAAAUGACUGAUGAGGUCUGUGUUGGGACUACAGACUUUACCAGAUAGGACAGAUGCCCAACAGAGCAGAUGAUAGGGUAGUUCACCUUCUGCUGUUUACACAUGACUUUUGCAUACUUAUUCCACAGACAGUUUCUCAAUAUCAUUUCAAAUAAUCCUCCCUAAUGUGAGCUUUUAUAGCCUAACAAUUCCCUAGAAUUAAUGUGAAAGUUGCACUUUUUCCAAGAAGGCAUCCUGGUAUCAUUUCCUCUAUCCAACAGGUAGUCAUUUUCAUGUGAAAGUAAAAAAACAGACUGCCCAUCAGAUAUGCAGCCAAGGUGUCCUGACCAAAUUGUUCAAUGAGUCCACAAGGUGUAAUUUGACCCUACGCUGGGGACAUUUGGGCUAAGUGUGACACGGAUACAUCUUUCUGGUCAACUAAGUGGAUUUUGCAUUGACGGUGUUAGAGGUAUAUUUCAAGUUCUUUGAGCUGCCUGCUUUAGGUAGUCCAGGUCUCAGUAACAAAAGCAGAUGGAGGUGGUAUUAGAGGUUUACUGUUGCCUGUGAGACCGGUUCUGUGCAGGUCUCCAAUCUUCAACUUUGAAUGUGAUGGUUAAUUUCAGUGUUGAUGUCUGCCUUACGUAAGGGAUGGCUCCUGACAUGUGAAAAGUGAUUUUGGAAGUCAAAGUUUUUAUCAGUUAUAACAAUCUCUACAUUGAUCUGGACUGUUUAAAUAAGUUGAUUUUGAAUUGUUGUGAAACAAUAAGACUGCUUCUGUACAAAACUGUACAAUUCAUUGUUAGUUAACCAAACUUAACAUUUGUAUCAAGUUUUGGUGUUACUAAUUAUGAUUCAGAUAUUAAUAAACAAUUGUUUGCACUUAUUGCAGAAUUGCAUUUCUUUAUUUGGCAAAACAAAGUUUGUAAUUAUUUCUAGAGAGAACACAAGAAGAUCAAGAGAAAAGGGCAGCAUGGGAGUGUAGUGACCAAUAUAACAGUUUACAGUGCAAGCGCUCAGGGUUGAAUUCCCACUGCUGUCUGUAAGAAGUUUGUACAUUCUCCACAUGGGUUUACUCUGGAUGCUCAAGUUUCUUGUCAGAUUCCAAAGACAGACGUCUUAGUUGUGGAAUGCUAUGUUGGUGCCUGAAGCUUGACAACAUUUGCAGGCUGUGUUGGUUGUUGAUGCAAAAUAGCCCACUUCACUGUAUGUUCUGAUGUAUGUAUGACAAAAAGCUAAUAUUUAAUCUAUAGUUUAAUGAAACUAAUUUAGGCAUCAUUAUUUCUUAGUGUACUUAGGCACUAAGCCAACUCUAUUUCUAGGAGUUAAAGAAGAGUAAAGUUAAUAAAACUCUGUUCCCAGUUAGUUCAAAUUUCAGCUAAAUUUGAAACAAAACAGAUUUACAAGCACAGAUCCAUUAAAUCUGUGGUGCGAUUAUCGAUAUUUAUCAGUUCUACAAAAUGUUUUUACUAUUUAUUAUUCUUUGGUUUUUUUAAAUGUUUGUAUUUACAAAUUGUAUUUACACAAAUGUUUGUUUGCUUUUGCACAUUGGUUGCUCGUCCAUCUUUACGUGCAGUUUCUCAUUGAUUCUAUCAUGUUUCCUUGCAUUUAUUAUGAAUGUCUGCAAGAAAAUAAAUCUCAGGAAAGUAUAUAGUGACAUAUAUGUACUUUGAUAAUAAACUUACUUUGAACUUUACAAUGUUUAAGAUGUAAUAAUUAAACAAUAUGUUUUGGGCUUCAACAAUUUCCUCCAUUUCCUUCAGCAACCUGGAAUGCAUCCCAUCAGGAUCAAGCAAUGGUUUCAGGAGAAGUGGAGCUCACCUUUCCAAUACUCCCUUUUUAAUCAAUUGCUAUCCUAUCCAAAAUCCCAAUUACAUCUUUCUUUGCCUCUGUUUUGGUAAAGACUGAUAUCACAAAGACCGAGGUGAUUAUUGAGAUACAUUGACUCACAAAGAUCUAAACAGAUGCGUUGCAGCACAAAGUUUUACCUUAAGCAUAUGCUGCUAAUUUUACUCGAUCUGGACUGGCUUGUAUGAAGAGGAAUAAUGAGA